AUGAUUGCCAAGAUCGCCCUCUCUGUCCUCGCCCUUGCCGCCUCGGCCCAGGCUGCCUAUCCCCAGCGAUGGGUUACUGUCCUGCUCGAGAACACCAACUACGCCUCUGCCAUGGCUGAUCCCUAUCUCGGCACCAACCUCACCGCUCGUGGCCAGCUGCUGACCAACUACCAGGCUAUUACUCACCCCUCGCAGCCCAACUACGUUGCUCUGAUCGGCGGCUCCACCCUCGGUGUCACCUCCGACAGCACCGUCAACCUCGCCUACACCAGCCUCGUCGAUCUUCUCGAGGCCAAGUUCAUCUCCUGGAAGACCUACCAGGAUGCCAUGCCCUCUGCUUGCUACACCGGCUCCACCUCCGGCACCUACGCCCGCAAGCACAACCCCUUUAUCAGCUUCAACGAUGUCCGCACCAACUCGACCCGCUGCGCCAAGAUCGUUCCGGCCACCCAGAUGGCUGUUGACGAGGCCAACAACGCCGUUCCUAAGUACGUCUUCUACACCCCCGACCUCAACAACGACGGCCACGACACCGGUGUUACCUAUGCUAGCAACUGGCUCAAGGGCUGGCUCGAGCCCAAGCUCGCCAACCCCAUCUACGCCAACACUCUCUUUGCCAUCACCUUUGAUGAGAACGCUGGCAUCACUCCCAACCAGGUCUACACCCUGCUCAUUGGUGGCCCUGCCAAUGCCAAGAAGGGCACCACCGACGGCACCGCCUACAACCACUACUCUCUCCUCAAGAGUGUCGAGGAUACCUGGUCCCUUGGCAACCUCGGCCGCGGCGAUGCCACUGCCACCCGCUUCUCGCUCAUGACCGUCUAAGGCGGCUGCUUGGUCUCACAUCACCACCAACACCUGCGAUCGGACCCAUCCCCAACAUUGAACCACACAUAUGUACCCGCCCCGGUCCUCUGCAGCCGACACCCAUCGAUUCCCUGUUUCCUGCUCCCCUCCGUUUCGAUAAACUUUCAACUUUCUUGUGUCAAUUUGCGAAUGAGCUGUGUAAAAUGAAACAAUAUAGACUUUUUUUCA